CUAAUCCUCUUAGGGAUCUGUCGUUUCUUUAUCUGGGCAGGGUAGGGACUUGGUGUUUAAAGCUAUGGUCGACAAGCAGUGUCGCGGUCUGACGAACAAUCGAGUCCAUUUAACGUCUCUUCACCGCAGCACAACUUCAGGUCGCCGGUAUUAGCAGCCGAUUUUGAUUAAUCAAAACUUUGCAGACACCCAUGUUUCCCCGUGCUAAUCUAUCGCCUCCUUGACUAACCAUAUUGCACAUCAGCUGCAAUAUAGUGUAUGCCGACUUGGAGUAACAUCCAGUCAACUUUCUCAGACAAGAUGGAUUUUCAUGCAGCAAUGGAAACGUUUGCAGAGGCAUGGGUAGCUGCCAAUACCCCGACUGCUGUAAAUUCUACUGAACCCCAACCACAGGUUGGAAAACAGAACACUGACGACUUGCCGACACUCUUAACCAAAGAGCAACUGGCAUCUAAACAGUCCCCACCCCCCUCUUCUUCCUCGCCCAGUAGUCCCCCAUCCCCGGGACAACGUUCUUCUCCUAGCCACGUCCACCCAACAAGCCACAUCCAUACCCCAAGGGGCCACACCCCCACAAGCCACACCCCCACAAGCCACACACCCACAAGCCAAACCCCCACAAGCCACACACCCACAAGCUACACUCACCCAACGACAGGGCACAGUCAACAGACGCCAUGCCAUACACAUCCAACAAAAAGCUUCAGCCAUCCAGCGACAAGUCCGGCUCAUCUGACAGCAGGACACCCCAAUCCAAACCCAGGAUACACAACUCCGACAACAAGUCGGUCGUAUCCGACGACAACAACAGGCCAUAGCCAACAGAAAACGGAUGCCACACCUGUAACAAGCCACACCCCUCAGACGCCAAACCCGACACCAGCCACCAAUCUUACCCCUGCAGGUACAAAGUCUUUACCCGUGCAUUGUAUCAUAGAACAAACAACAGGAGCUGUAAACUUUGACAGCCCCGAGUGUGGCUCCAACAGUUCAGUGGAGCUGGAUUCGUAUGCAAUACUUCCCAGUACGACCCUUUUCGGUGAAGUUGUGAGGACCGCACUCAUCAAACUCGGAUACAAUGCCACCGAGGCCAUUAGUGCUAAAGGUGCAGUACAAAUAAAGAAUUGGCGACCUUUGACCUUUGAAGUUAUCACCAAUGACGAUAAGGCUACACUAGAGGAUAUCUGGGGAGAACUGACUCAGGUAGCCACGCUACGGAUACGGCUCAGCAGCCAAUCAAAGUUGAGCUCUACUGAUGAAGUGAAGAGUAAAUUACUACAACUUCUCCUCACCCAAUCUCACGGGCUCCUCCUAACGUCAGGGUGUCCCAUAGAAAAGUCUCUGCUUUCCUCCAUAACAAAAGGUGACACCCUCUCAAGUCUUCCUCAUGAUGUGCGCUGCGCGUUUGACAAAUGGUACGAUGAACAAGUGGAGAAGGCAAAAAAGUCUCAAGAACAGAAUGGGGCACCUGAAGAUCUACGCACUUCUGAAAAGACUAUUAACGGGACCAUCAAUGGUACUAUAGCUUCACACGAGAAUCACUAUAGUAACAGCCCAGCCAAUCAUAGUCCACCUCUUACCUCACUUUCGGGUCUCAAUCAUGGAAAGACUAGAAUGCGAACAUCUUUCGAUCCUGAGCAUGAAAUUCCUCGUCUUCAGAAAUGGUUUGCAGAGUGCCAACACCCUACAAGAGAGCAAAUGAUUAGGUUUCUCGAAGAGUUGAAUACUCUUGAAUCUCGAAAAGGAAGGCGACCAUUAGAUCUCACGAAUAUAAUCUACUGGUUCAAAAAUGCGCGAGCAGCUCAUCGUCGGGCCUCUAGAAACUACGAUGAUAACUCUUUUGAGAUGGAGGAGGGGCUAGAAAACAGUCCAGUUGCAAUCGAUCGUAAUGUUCCUUACUUGCCCAAUAAAAAUGCAGUUUACAUUGUCCCCUAUCCUUACCACGGUCCCUUCAUGUCACACGAGUCAUCACAUGACCAGUCCAAAGAGCCAUGUGACCUGUCCCAAUCACGUAGGCCAGUUUCUAGUCCUGAAAUAAAGAAGGAGAAGGAUUUAUGUGACAGUAAGUUAGAUUGUGCUGAUGACAUCCAUGAGGAAAUGGAAGUGAUGGAUACUAUGGAAACACAUCAAGAACAAUCACCCGUCAGUAUAAAGGAGGAGAAACAAGAUUUAGCCGACGUGGAAUGUGUGACCGACCUUAUAAAGGGGGUCAAGGACGAUGUAGAUCGAAUAAGCACGGGGGAACGUGAGGCACCGCAAUCAAAUGGCAUGCACAUGUCCGACUCGGAAGACGACGAUGACAUGGAGUCAGAUUAUGAGGAACAAUCAAACGAGGAUUCAGAAUCUAGUCAUAAGCUUUCAUCUCUCUCCUACAAAAAAGACUUCCCCGAGGGGGACUACCUCAGCAACCAUAUAUCAAGGAUGCCAACCACCCCAACAAGUGGCCUCCAUCAGCCCCUACACAUCCCACACUUUCCUCACCCCUUGGCCAUGCAUUACUUUCCGAUGAAUACUCAUUUUAUGGCGCAGCAGUCAGCAGCUGCUCGGCUGCAUCAGCAUCAACACCAACAGCAGCAUUCUCAGCAUCCUCAUCACAAAACAAGCCCAGGUAACGCUCAUCGUAAGCGACGCACGCGCGUUUUCAUAGAUCCAAUGACUGAGAUCCCAAAACUAGAGAAGUGGUUUACUGAAGAUACGCAUCCAUCGUCUUAUAUGAUUGAUAAAUAUUGCGAGGACCUCAAUCGGUCAGAAUAUCGGCAAAAGUUUCCGAAACUAGAGCCAAAAAAUGUGCAGUUGUGGUUUAAAAACCACCGAGCUAAAGUCAAACGCAUGAGAGUGUCCUCUCAUUUAGAAUGAUUUCUGUUAUUGAUCUUGUUGUGUCGACCUCUGACCCUUGUUUUGAUUGGCCAGACAAAUCCAGCUUGCUCGAUUGUUUUCUGUUGGCUUGUAUACUGUACUGUCCUCAGCUUUUUACAACCUUGUUUACAUUAAUGCUGUGUCGCAUGAUUGUUAUCAGAAUCUAUUUGACUUAGUUUAUAGCAAGGGAAUUUAGAAUGAUCAUUUUUUAAUUUGAAAGAUCCUUUCCUUCGUCUUCAAAAUUUUCAAGGAUUCAUUUCUGAAAGUAUAAAUUUUAAAAAAAUUCUAUGUUCAGGAAAAUUAAUUAUAAGAUAGAUUGUGAACAUGAUUGAUGUAGAAUCUAUGACUUAUAGCUGAUAUAGACCGGUAGAACAGUUUGUGUUGAACACAGCUGAUAUAGACAGUAUAACAGUUUGUGUUGAACACAGCUGAUAUAGACCGGUAUAACAGUUUGUGUUGAACACAGCUGAUAUAGACGGUAUAACAGUUUGUGUUGAACACAGCUGAUAUAGACUGGUAUAACAGUUUGUGUUGAACACAGCUGAUAUAGACCGGUAUAACAGUUUGUGUUGAACACAGCUGAUGUAGACUGGUAUAAAUUUGUGUUGAACACAGCUGAUGUAGACUGGUAUAACAGUUUGUGUUGAACACAGCUGAUGUAGACUGGUAUGACAGUUUGUGUUGAACACAGCUGAUAUAGACUGAUAUGAGUUUGUGUUGAACACAGCUGAUAUAGACUGAUAUGACAGUUUGUGUUGAACACAGCUGAUAUAGACUGAUAUGACAGUUUGUGUUGAACACAGCUGAUAUAGACUGGUAUGACAGUUUGUGUUGAACACAGCUGAUGUAGACUGGUAUAAGUUUGUGUUGAACACAGCUGAUGUAGACUGGUAUAACAGUUUGUGUUGAACACCGCUGAUGUAGACUGGUAUAAAUUUGUGUUGAACACAGCUGAUGUAGACGGUAUAACAGUUUGUGUUGAACACAGCUGAUGUAGACUGGUUGUGAUAAACUGAGGAUUCUAAUGUAUAUAUUGGAUUUAAUGUUGUUUUGUCUCAUCAUUUGACCAAAGGGGGAAAGUUAUCUCCCUUUUUAAUUGUUCUUUUUAUGUUUAUUUGUCUGUUACCGUCACCAAUUCAACAUUUGGAUAGUGUUUGUACUGUGAUAAUAUUUUUGUAUUUAUAUUUUCUGAAUCCGAAAUGGCAAUACGAUGCAAGAUAUUCACUGGAUCAUUGUACUAGAUAGGAGAUCUAUCUCUCGUUUCAAAUCACGGUAAUUUUCUCCUGAAGUACUUCAAUAUCAAAUCAUACAUUUUAUUACCCUGUUAUAAAGUUGACAUAAACAUUUUCUCUAAAGUCUGUUUGAGAGAAACAUCCCUAUUGUUCAUACAUUACUGAUCAAACUCCACAUCUACUUCAUUAUUUCUAUGAAAUUCAAAUAAUUGAAUGUUAUGGUUUCAUUUUCAAUAAUUAUCCCUGCAAGAAAAAAAGGUCACUUAGCAUCAUCUACAGAUUAGUGAUAGCUUCAAUAUUUUGUCCAUGAUCCAGAUUUAGAUUUAAAUGUCCAGAUUGGAAGUCACUCAAUGUCAGGCAGUCAAAUUCAAUAUCACUCAAUAUUUUUUAGCAUUAGAAUUAACUAUCCAGCAUUACAUCCAAUUCUAUGUUAUAAAUCGUCCAGCAUUAAAAUUCCUCACUACUCGGUUUACAACUUACCUCUUCCAUGUUAGAUAUAUUUUGGUAGAAUUCGUGUUUUUAAUGAUAAAUAUAAUGUUAUAAUUAAGAUAUAUCUGAUGAAAAGUCAGUAAAAGAUUCACUCUCUGUUUUGUAAAAUUCAGCUUUUGGUCAUUUGUUAGUACAUACACAUGUUUGACAAGAACAAUCUCUACUGUCGGUAAAUAUUUCAAUAAUGUUAUAAUUUCCCAAGGGGCGAUAAUAAAAAAAUUGUUUAAGGGGAGGUAAUCAGGUAGAUAUUAUGCCAUGUGCUUGUGAACUGUUUCCAUGGAAAUUAUAAUAAUGAGAUAUGUAACCAAACAGCAUUCCCAGAGCUUAUUAACAGAAUUAUUAUACAUGUACAUCAGAUUUUUAUUUCUUUUCUAAAUUUUAGCUACCCUUAUAUUUUUAGUGGUAUGACUCGUUUGAUUUCUUAAAUUAUCCUGACAUGAAUAUAGACUUAAUUUUUUAUUGCUCGCAGGAUUUGUCUGGUUUUAACUGUAGAAAAAUAUCUCCUAUGUACAAUAUUAUUGCACUGUCUCAUUUUUUCUGCAACUGUUAAAUUAUCAAUUACCAGGAGGGAAAUUCAAAUUAAGAUUAUUGUUGGAAGUUCUGAAAUCAAUCAAAUGAAUUAAAGAAGUGUCUUAACUACAUAACAGAAAAUUCUUUGUUUUUCUUGAAAAUUAAUUGUUUUUCUUGAAAAUUAUUUGUUUUUUCUUGAAAUUAAUUGUUUUUCUUGAAAAUUCUUUGUUUUUUUUGUGAAAAUUAUUUGUUUUUUUAUGUUUUGCAUUUUGAAAGUAUAUCAAUGAAAAUCUACUUUGAAUCCGGGAGAAAUCAUUUGACAAGUGUAUGACAAUAUUGUACAUUGGGGAGAAGUCAUUAUUUAUGAGAAUUGGUUGUGUAUCAUGAAUAAGAAAGUGUACCAUCAUACAUAACAUUAACUCUGUGGUACCUUUGGGUUGUUUCUAUAUAUUAUGGAUGACCUUUAAAUGGAGGUCAAAUUGACCCCCUUCUAGAUUCAAUAUGCAUUAAUGAUGUUUAAACUCAGGUGUAAAAUUAAAAUACAUCUUAGUGAAAUGUUUUAUAUUCUGAAGCUAAUGAUGUAUACAAAAAUGGUUGAGAUGAUGACAGCCAUAUUGUAUACAAAGACCAUUGUUGUUAGGUCUACCUAAAUCUAUACCUCAUUCACUUUGUUCUAGAUUUAUGAAACAGUUGAUCAGAUAAGUUAGGAUUUUCAUUUUCUCCAAAUAUUUUAGUAUAUUAUCUAGGCAUAAUUUGCCUCAUUUGGCCUUAUUUUUUCCCCAGAGUUUUUUAAACAAAAACAGAAAGACAAAAAAUGUUAAACUGCUUUAGGUGUUUGAGACUGAUUCUUGCUAGAAGCAUUAAUCGUUUGAGUUCAGAGUUGUGUAAUAGUUAUAUCUCCAUAUAUCUUAUAAUAGAUUUUGUGUUCAAUAAAAUUUUCAUCCUUUUCAAUGGACAUUUUUGUGUUCAAUAAAAUUUUCAUCCUUUUCAAUGGACAUCACUAUAUGUAAGAAUCAGCCCAAAGUUUUCUGUACUAAAUUGCAGUCUUACCUCUUAAAAUCUAUGCUUCCCAUACCGUAUACCUUCUGCAAUGAUCCCAGGGCCAAUGUCAAUCUCUGACCUGAAGCCAGGGUGGUAUUAUCACACAACAAUGAAGUUGCGUUGGUGAUUCUACCAAACAGGACUUGCUAUGGCUGGGUUUGUUACUCGAUGAAUCAGUAUAUAGUCUCUAACACUGCCAACAUAGAGUUCUUGCACAAAUGUCAAAUGCAUUUCGCAAAUGUUAUUUGCAAUAAUGAAUAUGUACGCAAUAUAUACGUAUGUUUAAAAUAUGAAAUUAUAUAACUGUUUCGCCUGUUAGUAUUGUUAUGGACAUUUUGAAAUAUCCUUGUCCUUGUCGGAUGGUAAAAUCAUCCCUCCUGUCUUUAGAACUAAUUACUAUCUUAUGUGAGAAAUAUAUCAUCAUUACAUGAAUUUAUACAUUUUGAAUUAAGAUAAAAAUUAAAUAAUAGAUCCCUGAUUUUUUAGUCAUUCUUUAUACAAGGAAAACCCAGUCCCUGGUUACAGUCGAUAAAAAUGUUUAAAAGAUAGAAAUUGUUUUCUAUCUUUACCUCCAUAAACUUUUGUAUUGAAACGGAGAAUAUUAUUAAAAUUGACACUGUAAUACUGACCCAGUUUUAACUCGUCUGAUGACAGAAAUGUUCUGUCGAAGAAUGACCUGAUUUUGAAGUGUGACUAGAACAGUAAUCGUGCGACAAUGAUAGUGCUAUUGACCAUAGUCUAGUUAAGACUAUGUUUAUAUUGUGUAAUGACUAUGCAAUUUGACUGCUGUUUGAUCAUUAUAUUACGUUUCCUCCGUGUUAAACUGUAUGUAUAAUGUGAAUGACAAUGACUUUUUCUGCAUCUUUUUCUCAGUUAUUAUUUAAUUUGUAAUAUUAUUUAGAUUUUUCAUUGUUGUAUGAUUUUGUAUAAUCUAUUGUCGACAAAACAAAGCAGAGCUCUUUGGUGCCAUUUGCAUAAGUAUUACUGAACAUUCUAAAUGUAAAAAUGUCUGUUAUUGGGAAGUAUACAACUGAUUACGCAAUUUAUUGGUCAUUUGAGAUUUAAUUCAUGAUCUUUGUAAAAAUGGCUGCCAUUGGUUAAUUAAGAACAUAGUACAUUUUUAUUGGUUUCAGAUUUUCGAAGAUUAUUGUUGAAAUUGUUAAUAAGCAUUUUUUAAUGCUAGAGUUUAAUGCAAUAUUUUUGAGUUCUGAUAUUGCUAGUCUGAAUAUUUUCCUUCAGAAUUUAGUAUGAAUUCUUAGUUCUUUUCAGGAAUUCGUACAUAUUUCGUUUUAUUUUGGUGCUAGGUUUUAAUGUUCCUCUGUUUUGUCUUAUUUUUCAUUUUAGAUAAAAAUGAUAUUAAAUCAUUUUGAUUAAGUUACAAAAUGUCUAUCUUCUUUUAAAUCUUUCUAAUUUUAUUUAAAUUUUUUAUGAUGUUCAUACUACUAACUACACUAGUGAUGCUUGCACACUCUUCUACUGACUUAUAAUCUGAAAGUUAUAAUUGUCUUGUAUCCAUUUAAGGCCUUCGUUAAGUUUGAUGACCAUAUUUAAUCAUCAGCUCUACGACCAUAUUUGGCAAUAAGCAUUUUUUUUUUAUCAUAUUUGGUUAUCAGCAUUACGACCAUAUUUGGUUGUCAGCAUCGGGAUAUGACCAUAUUUGGUUGAUAGUUAUUUUCCCAUAUAUGGUUAUCACCAGUGACAUAAUUUUUUUUUUUUUUUUUUUGUAUAUCUAUACAUUGUAAAGCAGUCCAGUUAAUGAAUCUUUCAUAAUUGGAAAUUCAGUUACCGAAACUAGUGUGUAAACAAUUAAUUUUAGAUAGGUACAGACAAAAUCUAAAAUGUAUAUGAUUGAUAUUUAGAUAUUCCUAGGUUGCUAUGACUACGAUGUUGUGGUGUGACCCUGUUGACUAUGUGACACAACUGUGUCUCGUUCUUUUGUGUUUUGAAGGUAUUUCUGUAUUUAUGACAAUGUUUUUGGAUACGAAACACAUGCAAUAUAUAAUAUUGACAAAGGAUGGUGUGAACCAUCUGCCGUGGGCUUAGGCAAUUCAUUAUAUGUAUAUAUUGAGAGUAUAAACGGCUAACGCAGUUGACCCCCUCCAAUACUUUUGGAAUUUAAUUAUGUGAGUAUUCCCCAUUUUUGUCGAAAUUUAUUAUGCAGUUAUAUAGAGUUAUCUCCCCCUUAUCAACAUGACAAGAUAAUUUGAUUGCAUGAAUUAUUACUGACAGGGUUUCUAAAAUGCUUUUAUUGCAGAGAUUAAAAAGUGAAUAAAAUUUGAAAUUGUGAUUAUCAAAAGUAAAAAAAAAUUAUUUAAUUUUUUACACAUAUAUGGUUAAACUUGUCUGCUUUACAUCAAUUGAAUAAUGGAAUGAAAAUGAAUUUCUUCCUCUCAGAACUUGAGUUGAAGCCAUCAAUCCAUGUUAAUUUCCACCUCCAAUAUCCCUGCACUUCUCAGAUGCAAGUGGAGAUAACUCUUGAAAUUCUAUACCAUUCUACAAAUGCCCAAUACUUUAAAGAGGCGCAUGUUCAUCCAAGUUGUGAACUUAUGAUGCACAUGUUCAGCGGCGUUGUGAACUUACGAGGCAUUUUUUUUGCUGGAGAAUUUUAUUAUCAGACCCUAAAACUUUUAGCAUUCCUUGUGGGUUUUAUGUUUGUCUCCAUUCCAUCAGAGGGCGAAAAUACAUACAAAUCUAGAUAGGUCACAAUACAAUUGUCUAACUGCAUUAUUGCAAACUGCAUUUUCUGGUGUUUUUUUCUGGGUUUUUUUUCAAAUUUUUAAAGUUUUGUUCUCAAUAUAUGCCAAAGAAUCUGUCUGGUUUUCAAGGUAAAACGGUCAUUAUUUCUCGGGAGUAAUGCUAAAAUUUUAUUUAAGAAAUUUGUAAAGAAAAAUGUUCUGCUUAUAAGACAAUUAAAUUGAAUAUUAUUUGAUUCAGUUAUGAUUAGACGAAACUAAUGUUUAAAAAAAAAUUCAACUUGACCAAUUUAUCUAAUCAGUUUUUUUUUAUACAUUUGAGAUAUGAUGAAAAUUCUCUUGUAAUUGUGGUGUGUGGUGAUUAUUAGUUUUAGGCCUUCUGUGAGGUCUCAGUUUAGUUGUGCAAUAUUUCUCCAAUUUUCACCUCAUUUUCUUUUACAUUUUUGAAAAAUUUUGUUUGUUUUUUUCCCCCUUAAUUUGACAAAGUUUCUUUUCAACUUAUUCAUUUAUAUUAUUUCAGAAAAAGAUCUUGAAUUUCUUUUGCGUUCAGAAUUUUCUAUUGAUGCACUUUUACAAUUUGUUAAAUUCUAAAUAUCCAAGGUCCGGAUAUUCAGAUAUUUUAAGGUUUUAAUUUUUAUGUGGUAGAAGACUUCAGAAUAAAUAACAAAUCGGUGAUUUUUUUAUGGUGUUACCUAUGAAAUUUAAAUAUUCUGAUUUUUACUUGAUUCACUUUUAAACAAUGUACUUCGAAAUUGUGUGAUUUAUUGAAUCCAUUUUUGCAUUCUUUAUCUUGAAAUACAUUAAAACAACAGCAACUAUUGAAAAAAAUAUAUGCAGUAUUUGUUUCUAAAUCAAUACAUCUUUUACUGAAUUUAUAAACAAAAAAAUCCUGAAGUUAAUGAUGAAAUGUAUGUUAAGUUUAUAGAUUUGAUCUUAGCUGUAGAGGUGAAUGGGAACAGCACCUCUACAUUGAAUUGGUUGUGGGUACUGGGUCACUAAGAAAUGUGCUAAACCCUUGUCAGGUACUGUAAACAUGUUAAUUAAGUGAAUUUGAGAGGUAAAUUUUAUUUGUGGGGGUUAUUGGGGUUAUUUUCGCAUUUUUUUUUUGUCUUUUUUACUUCUGUAUAUAGGGGAAGUUUUCAUGGCCGAAUGACCUUCGUGUUUUAGGUCAAUUUCCCUCUUACAUAAAUUUAUAUGUUUACAGUACCUAACAAAUAUCUAAGCAAAAUACGGUCUCUAUAUUUACCUAACAGUCCAUUUCAGUUUACUUAAUAAACCUACUUUGUAUAAAAUCAUAGCUAGAUUUUGACAGUACAUAUAGAUGAUAUUGUCCACCAUUUUCAUAAAAAUCAAAAAGUUUGGAUAUAUUGUUUAUUGUUCUUGUAGAUUUGUUGAUACAUUUGUGAUAGAAAAUGUAGGAAGUUUUUUAGACGUAGAUUAUUCAAUUGAGGGCUUGAGACUUGUGUAGGCUAUCUUGUGUCCAUGGAAGGCUAGAGAUACAUUAUUGUAGCACCCAGGCCUGUCAUGAGCUAAGAAUACUUUUAAUAAUAUGUUUUUAUAAAAUUUGAUAUCGUGAAGAUUCAACGUCCGUGAAGGUAGUUUCAGUACGGUUCUUUGAUGCCCUGUAUAGUUUCAUCAUGGAAUAUAAGAGUCUGGCCAUAUAAAGUUACUCCUGACCAUUAAAUAAGUAAUAUUCAUAAGAUAAAAAUAAUAAUUAAACUUACUUCAGGUAUACUUAUCUUUAUCUAAAUCCUAAAAUAGGAAAAAAAUAAAUAUGUAGCUAGAACCGUCCCUAAAUAUGCUUAACAAACUGUUAUAAAAGACAUGUAUUAUUGUAUAAAUAUGUGUUGGAAUGAUACAUUUGUCAUCCUGAGGAUUUUCUGUAAUUAUUUAAGGAUAAUUCUUAUAAUUUAAUUUCGUCUUAUACACACCAAGAUAUUUCACUUUCUUUGGCGAACUCUUUUCUGUGAUAAAUUAUUACGCAACGUCAUCAGCCAAUCAAAAAUGACGUUACAUUUCGCAACGUCAAAAAUUUUGUUAUGGAGGUAUAACAAAAUUAUUUCAGCCAAUGAAAAUGCGUGUUUCAUACAAAAUUAAAUUAUACCAGUAUAUCUCCAAGCACGUAUAUAAGGAUAUAUACAAAAGCCCUUUCACACUUACAAGGAUAUAGUCAUUGUUAAGGACCAAGCACACUUAUCAAGGUCAGUACUGUAGGUAGAAAGGCCGUUCUCAUCAUUUUGUAAAAAAUUGUAGAUUUGUGUUAUGAAAUAAUUUCUAUUCGUUUGAUUUUUUAUGCUGUUGUUUAAAAUGUGUAAGGAAUAAUGGAUAAGUUCUGGACACUGUUUUAGUACGGUAAAUAUCACAAGUAUAAAUUUAUCGACAGUACUGAUGUUUCUUUAAGAUUAGGAUAUUAUUAUGAGUAAGUGGUCUAACCCAUUGUCUUUCAAUAGAAAGUGUUAUGCAAAAUACACCCACUUAAAAUAUACUCUGGAUCUCGCCCUCAAAUUACCCUGUGAAAAAAUACUCUGGAUUCUUAAAUUCCUCCCCGUACUCUCUUAAAAUAUACUCAUCCCUCCUCACACCCACUAAAAAUAUACUCCUUAUCCCUCCCCACACCCACUCAAAAUAUACUCUUCAUCCCUCCCCACACCCACUCAAAAUACACACUUCAUCCCUCCCCACACCCACUCAAAAUAUACACUUCAUCGCUCUCCACACCCACUCAAAAUAUACUCUUCAUCCCUCCCCACACCCACUCAAAAUAUACUCUUCAUCCCUCCCCACACCCACUCAAAAUAUACUCUUCAUCCCUCCCCACACCCACUCAAAAUAUACUCUUCAUCCCUCCCCACACCCACUCAAAAUAUACUCUUCAUCCCUCCCCACACCCACUCAAAAUAUACUCUUCAUCCCUCUCCACACCCACUCAAAAUACACACUUCAUCGCUCUCCACACCCACUCAAAAUAUACUCUUCAUCCCUCCCCACACCCACUCAAAAUAUACUCCUUAUCCCUCUCCACACCCACUCAAAAUAUACUCCUUAUCCCUCCCCACACCCACUCAAAAUAUACUCCUUAUCCCUCCCCACACCCACUCAAAAUAUACUCAUCCCUCCCCACACCCACUCAAAAUGUACUCUAGGUCUUGCCCCUCCCCCACAACCUGCCAAAAUUAGUCUUGAUUAUCUGACCCCACACCAUCAUAAAAUGUACUAGAUCUUGACCCACCCACCCCACAACCCUGCCAAAAAUACUCUUUAUUCCCCCCCCCCCCCCCCCCCCCCCCCCCAAAAAAAAAAACAAAAACAAAAACACAUUCACCCUCACCUUAACCCUAUCAAAAUAUACUCCAGAUUCUCCAACCCAUUCCCAUAUCCACCCCAAAAUGUAUUCCAGAUUUUCUCACCCACACAGAGCCACAAAAUGCCCUGAAACAACUGAUCGAAGUAAUAUUUCUGUAUAGGGUGUAUGGAUAGUGUAGGGAUACGCACCCCAAGUGCUGAUUUACGAAUGAAUGUUUUAUAAGGUUCUGAUGUAUUUUUAAGGGUGAAAGGAUCACCAAGAUUGUGACCUUCUGAGGGUUAGUUUUUAUGGACAUUUAAGUACGUAAGAUAACUAAUUCUUUUAAUUAAAUAUCAAUAUUUUUAACCUGUUUAUGCAGUUAUCUCCCUUGAACUGUAAACCGCAUUAGUUUUGAAGUUUGAGAUUUAAGACAUGGUGACCUAGUUUUAGUGUUACACUGUGACCUAUAAGCAUUAUUUGUACAAUAUAAUAUUCUAUAGUUUUUGACAAUCUGCCUGCAUAGAGAAUAUUUUUCUGCACUAAGGAGCCAUUUAGGGACAUUACUGUAAAAUGGUAAAGCCUGCCAGUGUUACUGUUUUGAUAAAAGCAGUUGUAUUUGUACAUAAUUUAUAUAAAGUAUAUAGAUUAAAAAACAAUAAAUUAAUAUUAGGACUAAUGGAUAUAUUCAUCCAUACUGACAAUGUGACCAGAAAAUCUCCCCAUUGGCUACCAACUUUUACAACUAACCAAUCACAGCAGCUGUCUCAAAAAACAAAUAUAAUCUAGCCAAUCACAGAUUCUCUCUUAAAACUGUGUUAAGAAAUAAACAAAAUAAGAUAGUGUGGUAUUGUCACAAUUUGUGUAAAUUUCAGCUUCCAAAAGCUGAGAAAUGUUGAUGACUUAUAUUGUCCACUGCUAACUGAUGGGGAUAUUUAUCUGGUAAACUAUAAUAUAUUUGAAAACUGUCACAGGAACAAGUUCCUAGCAUGGAGACCAUCUCAAAAAUGAGCAUAUUCAUGUAGCUGUUGCCAUAGUCACAGGGACAUGUACAAAUUCCUAAUCCAACGAUCCCUAAUGUUGAACAUGUCUUGUAAUACACAUCUAAAAUAGAGUGGAGUUUGUGUCCCUGUGGCCUUGGUUGUCAAGCCUUUGUUUUGAUAACAGCAGCGGUAACUGUUUAUAACUAUGGUUGUCAUGGUGAUAGUAAACACAGGGACUUGUUCACUCUGACCCUGCUAACAAUAUGUGAUAUAAAUGUUAUAUGCAUUAAGAUAAUAUUUCCCCAGUGUUCACGAGUGGUUUUAGUUCAUCAUGACACAUAGUUCUUAUGAAGAUAAGAAUGAUUAAGCUAAUAUGGUGCAGCAUGUCCAAAUUAAGGGCCUUGAAUUUUUACCUCAAACAAAGCAGAUAUAUAGAACAUAUUUCCUGAUAUAUUAGAAGAAACAAGCGAUCUUUUCUUUGUUGAAUUUCACGACCGGUAAGAAGUAUAUAUAUAUAUAUAUAUACAUACCCAGUACAAUUUAAUUUCUUUAAGAAAAUGUCACUUGUUUAAACACAGAUAGUAAUAUGUAGGUUGUAGAUCUAGGUGAAUACUAACUACGAUUAGGAGUUUUAUUUCACAUUGUAAAGUAUGGGAAUCAGAGUAGUACAAUCAUUUAAGUGGUGUCAUGGUAACCGUUUGUUGUCACGAUGUUUAUAUCUGUAGUCACAGUUAACAAGCCAUGCAGUUCUACAUUCUAGCAAUAUUUCAUGUUAUAGAUAACACUUUGAUUGCUGUUCAUUAGUUGACAUGUAGUUGAACCCUGUCCAAGGUUUGUUGCAGAAGAGAUUAUUAAUAUAACUGAUAUUUUACAUGGUAUUUAUGUUUUCAUCGUUUAAUGGUAAAUUAUUGGAAAUCAGGUGUUUCAUUAUUAAUGCCAAAAGUUGUUGUUCUGAUAUGCAAUAAAAUCUUGUCAUGGUUAAGAUA